GCCCGACGGGCCCGCUAUAAUCACGUGAUCGCCUCAUCCGGGUCCUUUGCGUUCUCUCUCCCUCUCUCAACAUGGCGGCCUCAGCAAAAAAGAAGAAUAAGAAGGGGAAGACGAUCUCCCUAACAGACUUUCUGGCUGAGGAUGGAGGGACUGGUGGAGGAAGCACCUAUGUCCCCAAACCAGUCAGCUGGGCUGAUGAAACAGAUGACUUGGAAGGAGAUGUUUCGACCACUUGGCACAGUAAUGAUGACGACGUGUAUAGGGCACCUCCAAUUGACCGGUCCAUCCUGCCCACUGCUCCACGGGCUGCUCGGGAACCCAAUAUCGACCGGAGCCGUCUUCCCAAAUCGCCACCCUACACUGCUUUUCUAGGGAACCUGCCUUAUGAUGUGACAGAAGACUCCAUUAAGGAAUUCUUCAGAGGAUUAAAUAUCAGUGCAGUGCGUUUACCACGUGAACCCAGCAAUCCAGAAAGGUUGAAAGGUUUUGGUUACGCUGAAUUUGAGGACCUGGAUUCCUUGCUCAGUGCCCUGAGCCUCAAUGAAGAGUCUCUAGGUAACAGGAGAAUUCGAGUGGACGUUGCUGAUCAAGCACAGGAUAAAGACAGGGAUGAUCGUUCUUUUGGCCGAGAUAGAAAUCGGGAUUCUGACAAAACAGAUACAGACUGGAGGGCCCGUCCUGCCACAGACAGCUUUGAUGACUAUCCACCUAGAAGAGGUGAUGAUAGCUUUGGAGACAAGUAUCGAGAUCGUUACGAUUCAGACCGAUACCGGGAUGGGUAUCGGGACGGGUAUCGGGACGGCCCACGCCGGGACAUGGAUCGGUAUGGGGGCCGGGAUCGCUAUGAUGACCGAGGCAGCAGAGACUACGAUAGAGGCUAUGAUUCCAGGAUAGGCAGUGGCAGAAGAGCAUUUGGUAGUGGGUACCGUAGGGAUGAUGACUACAGAGGAGGCGGGGACCGCUAUGAAGACAGAUACGACAGACGAGAUGAUCGGUCAUGGAGCUCCAGAGAUGAUUAUCCUCGGGAUGAUUAUAGGCGUGAUGAUAGAGGUCCCCCCCAAAGACCCAAACUGAACCUAAAGCCUCGGAGUACUCCUAAGGAAGAUGAUUCCUCUGCUAGCACCUCCCAGUCCAGUCGAGCAGCCUCUAUCUUUGGAGGGGCAAAGCCUGUUGACACAGCUGCUAGAGAACGAGAAGUGGAAGAGCGGCUACAGAAGGAGCAGGAGAAAUUGCAGCGUCAGCUGGAUGAGCCAAAACUAGACCGACGGCCCCGGGAGAGACACCCAAGCUGGCGAAGUGAAGAAACUCAGGAACGGGAACGGUCGAGGACAGGAAGUGAGUCAUCACAGACUGGGCCUUCAGCCCCAUCUGGCAGAAGUAAGUCAGACCAGGAUGCACGAAGGAGAGAGAGUGAGAAAUCUCUAGAAAAUGAAACACUCAAUAAGGAGGAAGACUGUCACUCUCCAACUUCUAAGCCUCCCAAACCUGAACAGCCUCUAAAGGUAAUGCCAGCCCCUCCGCCAAAGGAGAAUGCUUGGGUGAAGCGAAGUUCUAACCCUCCUGCUCGCUCUCAGAGUUCAGACACAGAGCAACAAUCCCCUACAAGUGCUGGGGGGAAAGGAGUUCCGGCUCAACCAUCUGAGGAAGGACCAGUGAGGAAAGCAGAUGAAAAUAAAGUAGAUGGGGUGAGUGUCCCAAAAGGCCAAAGUGGGAACUCCAGCCGUGGUCCAGGAGACGGAGGGAACAGAGACCACUGGAAGGAGUCAGACAGGAAAGAUGGCAAAAAGGAUCAAGACUCCCGAUCUGCACCUGAGCCAAAGAAACCCGAAGAAAAUCCAGCCUCCAAGUUCAGUUCUGCAAGCAAGUAUGCUGCUCUCUCCAUCGACGGUGAAGAUGAAAACGAGGGAGAAGAUUACACCGAGUAAACCUCCACACAUGCUGUGCUUUCUCCUAGUCUCUCUCCACCCUGGAACAUUCGAGAGCAAAUCAAAUCAAACCUCUAUCCAGACAAGACAAAAUAAAACUCACCAUCUCCUGGAGACCUUUCUUAACUUUUUUUUUUUUAAUGAAAUGAAAUGAAAUUCUUUUGCAUGCUGCUGCA